UCCUAAAAUUGGUGAAGGAGUGAAGGACGUAUGAUCGUUAUUGUAAAAACCGAGAAGAUUCAAGAUGGGAAUUGGUCAUGACUUUUGUGAUGAUGCUCUAUGGGAUAGCAACCAGACUUGGUACACUGAAGACCCAGAUUUCACACCAUGUUUUCAAAAAACUGUUUUGCUGUGGGUUCCUUGCAUCUAUCUGAUUUUUCUUUCUCCUGCCAGAGUGUUUAGUUUGACUGAGAGUCGAAAACCUUCCCUAAAUUUUACAUCACUAAAUGUAUUGAAAACAGCACUUGCAGGUUGGAUUGCUGUUAUUGCUGUGCUUGAUACUGCAAGAAGUGUCUACUCAUUGAUGUUAGGUUCAUCAGUUCCAGCUGUAGAGUUUGUGUCUCCACUGCUACUCUUUCUUACCAUGGUGUUCUGUGUGAUCAUGAUUCAGUAUGAAAGGAGAAGAGGAGUGCAUUCUUCUGGAUACUUGCUCAUCUUUUGGUUGCUUCUGUCAAUUUAUGGAAUUCUGAUGUUUCAGUCCAGAAUCAGAGGAGCUAUAAUGAAUGGAAUUUCAGACAUUGUAGCGUUUGCAACAUUUCAGCUGUAUUUCCCAGCUAUUUUAGUAGAAUUCAUUCUUGCUUCUCUGGUUGAUGGAAGACAGAGGCUACUGAAAGCUUAUUCCCACAAUAAGAGAAAAAGCCCAGAAGAGAUGGCAUCUUUCUUAUCCAAGAUAACAUUUUGGUGGUUUACCAGAAUGGUGAUUAAAGGAUAUAAAGAUGCCCUGGUUUUAGAAGACUUGUGGUAUCUGAAUUAUGAAGAUACAUGUCGAGCAGUUGUACCAUAUUUUGAAAAAUACUGGUACAAAGAAGUUAAAAGAAGUAUGAGAAAAGCAAAAAGAAAAGCUUGUCUUCAAGAUCAGUCUUCAGUUGAAAUGGGUACCAUUCAAAAAGAUGGAGAUCAUAUGGAUAUCACAAAUGAGAGCCAUAACAAGCUUCCAGCAAAGUUGUUUAGGGCGUUGGUGUCAGCAUAUCUACCAGCUGCUUUGGUGACUGCCUUGUUGAAACUUAUUUAUGAUGUUAUGCAGUUCAUCAGUCCAUUGCUAUUAAAGUUGCUUAUCAAAUUUAUUGAAGACAAGUCGGAAUACUUUUGGAGGGGGAUUUUAUAUGCUGUUUUAAUGUUUGUAAUGGCAAUGAUACAGUCAUUUGUCUUACAUCAGUAUUUUCAUGGCUGUCAAUUACUAGGAAUGAGAAUCCGUACAUCUGUUACUUGUCUUGUAUACAGAAAGAUGUUGAGACUAUCAAAUGCCUCCAAAAGGUCAUCAACAGUUGGAGAGAUUGUAAAUCUUAUGUCUGUAGAUGCUCAAAGAUUUAUGGACCUUAUGACUUAUAUUCACACCAUCUGGUCAGGACCAUUCCAGAUAAUUGUGGCAUUAUACUUUUUGUACAUGGAGCUUGGUCCCAGUAUAUUUGCUGGAUUUGGAGUAAUGAUUGUUCUAAUUCCAAUCAAUGCAUUAAUUGCCAAAAAGACAAGAGACUUGCAGGUAAAACAAAUGACCUUGAAAGAUGGAAGGAUAAAAAUGAUGAAUGAAGUGUUGAAUGGAAUCAAGGUUUUAAAACUAUAUGCCUGGGAGUUAUCUUUUGAAGAAAAAAUCCUAGGAUUGAGAAGAAGAGAGCUGAAAGUUCUUAAAACCAUGGCAUUUCUGAAUGCUUGUGUUUCAUUCACUUGGACAACAGCACCAUUUUUGGUUUCUCUGGUAACUUUUGCUGUCUUUGUACUGUCGGAUUCAAAUAAGCUUGAUGCAGAGAAAGCUUUUGUGUCCUUAUCUUUAUUCAAUAUAUUGAGGUUUCCUAUGUCUAUGCUUCCACAGAUUAUAUCGAAUAUUGUACAGGCAUCUGUUUCUUUAAAUCGAUUGCAAAAGUUUUUGAACCACAGUGAACUUGAUAAUGAUGCUGUACAGAAAGACAAAGAGAGCAAAUAUGCUGUUGUGAUUGAAAAUGGUACAUUUGCUUGGGAGAAAGUCUCAGGAACAGUGACUUUAAAGAAAAUCAAUAUUAAAAUACCAGAAAGAGCCUUAGUAGCAGUUGUUGGACCAGUUGGUAGUGGAAAGUCUUCAAUUUUAUCAGCAAUAUUAGGGGACAUAGAAAAAUCUGAAGGGAAAGUUACUGUUAAGGGUUCCAUUGCAUAUGUUGCACAACAAGCUUGGAUACAAAAUGCAACACUGAGAGACAAUGUUCUUUUUGGAAAAAUUAAGAUUGAACCAGAUUACUCAGAAGUAAUUGAUAAUUGUGAACUAAAUGCAGAUUUGGAAAUUCUUCCAGCUGGAGACAUGACAGAAAUUGGUGAGAAGGGAAUUAAUCUGAGUGGUGGACAAAAGCAAAGAGUGAGUUUGGCUCGAGCAGUUUACCAGAACAAUGAAAUAUACUUGUUGGACGACCCACUUAGUGCUGUUGAUGCCCAUGUGGGCAAACACAUCUUUGAAAAUGUCAUUGGACCCAACAGCUGCCUUAAAAAUAAGACAAGAAUUCUUGUGACCCAUGGAUUAGGAUUCCUUCCUUAUGCAGAUCUCAUUGUGACAGUAAAUGAAGGAGAAGUUUCUGAGGUGGGAACCUUUCAUGAGCUAAUGAAUCGUUCUACAGCAUUUUCGGAUUUUGUUCAUAGUUACCUUUCACAGAAAACUCAGGAUGAUAAACAUGAUGUUGCUGAAAGAAACUUAGAAGAUUUCAACAAAGGGGACUUGGUUUCCUUGUUUGGACCUUUUCUAGAAGAAGAAGAGAAAACAAGACUAAGGCAGUUUGUAGAGGGAUCACAAAAGAAUAUGAUUGUGUCUGGACAGAGGUCAGAAGAAAAAAUAAUUUUGAAUUCUUCAUUACCAGUCAAAGAGGACUUGUAUUUAGAUAGCAUGCAACAUUUAAAAUCUUCAAAACCAUUUACACCCCAGAAAUAUGUUGCUCAGAAAAAACUAUCAGAAUUUUGCCAUGAACAUGAAGCUGAAGAUGAGACAGAGAAUCUUUUAAAAGAAAUAGAGAAAAAGGAGAAGGAAGAUAAACUUAUACAAGAUGAGAAAGUAGAGAAAGGCAUGGUAAAGUUUGCAGUCUUUCGGGUGUACCUGAAGUCAGUUGGAGCAAUGUUUAGUAUUGUGACUAUUCUUUUUUAUGUGCUUUACAAUGCUGCCAGCAUUUAUUCAAACAUAUGGCUAAGUGAAUGGAGUGGUGAUCCUUAUCUAUACAUAAAUGGAACUAAUGGCACAGUAGUGAAAGAGAUCAAUGUUUCACAAAGGAACCUACGCCUUGGGAUUUAUGGAGUUUUAGGAAUUUUACAAGGUAUAUUUACCAUUAUUGCAAGUCUAUCACUCUACAUUGGAAAUAUACAUGCAGGCAAAGCUCUUCAUGCAAGUCUUGUGAAUAACAUUCUAUCAAGUCCAAUGAAGUUUUUUGAUACAACACCUCUAGGACGAAUUAUGAAUAGAUUCAGUAAAGAUGUGGAUGUGUUAGACACACAGAUUGGUCGCAUAUAUGAAUCUUGGCUGUCCUGUUUGCUGAAAGUAAUUUCUGUACCCAUUGUCAUAGGAUACAGCACACCCUAUUUCUUAGUAGUCUUCCUUCCACUGGCUCUGUUAUAUGUUGCAGUUCAGAGAUUUUAUGUUGCAACUUCAAGACAGCUUAAAAGAUUAGAGUCAACACUAAGAUCACCAAUAUUCUCUCACUUCGGAGAGUCAAUAAGUGGUGUAUCCACUAUUAGAGCUUAUGGACAACAGAGUAGAUUUAUAUCUGAUUCAGAAAGAAAAGUUGAUGAAAACAACCAGUGCUAUUUUCCUUCCAUUGUUUCCAAUAGGUGGUUAGCAGUUCGUUUGGAGUUUGUAGGCAACUGUGUUGUCUUUUUCGCUUGUUUGUUUGCAGUUUUAGAAAGGGACACACUAAGUGGUGGAAUAGUUGGACUGUCAGUGACCUAUGCUUUAAAUGUCACACAAACUCUCAACUGGCUUGUAAGAAUGACCACAGAACUGGAAACCAAUAUUGUUGCCGUAGAAAGAGUGAAAGAAUACUCAGAGAUUCCAACAGAGGCACCAAAGGAAAUUGCAGAGACAAAGCCACAUUCUUCAUGGCCACAAAAAGGCGAAAUUGUGUUUGAAAAUUAUGGUUUGCGAUACAGAGAGGGUUUAGAUUUGGUCUUGAAAGAUAUAUCUUGUAAAAUACAGCCAGCUGAGAAGGUAUUACUGGUAGAAAAGUGAAUAUUUUAAACAGAAAG